AUUACUGAAGGUUGAAAUAGAGAUCAGGCGCGAUUUUCAACUGUACCGCCUGUAACGGCAUUAAAAAUCAUUACAUGUGACAAUACUAAUGGGUGUGGAUCGUAGAAGCUCUUCACGAUAGCUUGCAGUAUUGGUAUCUAUCGUUGCCUUCAAAGUAAGGUUGAAUAUCCACGGCACUGGAGAUCACAAAAAUCCAUAAACAACUUGUUUUCUGUUCGUAUUUCUAAAUGUUUCGAGCUUAAUCAAUCCCUAAAGUUCUACGCCCAACAAAAAACCCAUGUCGUGUGAUGUUUGGCAACAGGUUCUGGCUUUGGACUCUCGCUAUAGCGCUGUCAGGCCAAUAACAAAAUCAAGUACUGAAUUAAGGCAACUUUAUCUUCGAAGAAGAAAUCAGUUAACAAGAGAAAAAGCCGCACUGAGUGUCAACGAAGCUUUCAGACAUCCUAAUUUAUCUUGUAGUUUUCAAUAUGCAGCUGAAACUUCUGUCGCGUCUUUUGUUGCCUACAGAAACAUUCGUGAGCAGCUAUUACUUUCUCUUUACGGUCCAGCCAAACCUCACAGGUGCGCCUCACCUCAGUUAAGCUUAACUAAGACCAGGAGCUACGACGAAAGUACAAAACUGCCUUCUCUACUGAACUACUCCAUGACUAAGUCUAUAUGUGAUACAUCUUCAGAUUAUCUUACACCCGGAAGGACGGAAACUGUAGGCGAGAGUUAUGCGUUUUCUGGUAUUGAGCAUAUUUUUGACCACCAUUCAGGCGCCGUAAAUCGUUUGAGCUUUGCAAACCACGAUUCAAGUCGUUUAGCUUUGGCUUCGUCUGAUGGGACUGUAUCCAUCUGCCGUAUCUCCCCAGCUAGUGGGGUUUUUUCCAUUGCAUGUGUUUUGCCAGAAUAUCGUGUAAAGCAAACAGAAAUUACAGAUAUAGCCUGGUCCAUGACCAACGAAUUUCUAGCAAGUACGUCUCUAGAUGGAAAUAUAUGUUUAUGGGAUGUUGGAGAAGCUAAGUUGGCACGAGAGUAUUUAAGUACGGAGCUGAAACUUGGCCCACUAUUGACGUGCGCUUUCCAACCCGCAAACAAUAACAUUUUCGCCGUUGGUAGCGUUACUGGAAUUAUUCAGAUGGUGAAUCUUUCUACAGGUAAGACCUGUGUUAGAGGCAUGGACCGUAUUCACGUAGCUGCUCGAGGUAGCAAAACUCGUCCAAAUUCGUCAGUUACUGAGCUACGGAGUCUUUUGGGUACAGGAUGUAUCACAACUUUGGCUUUUGAAAAUGCGUCAGGCAAUUACUUGUGGGUAGGAACUGAUCGAGGCAUAAUCCAGUCCUAUUUAUGUGAACCAUCAACAGGCUUUAUCAUCAGAUCACAACGUGUCGACAUAUCGUCACUGAAUCUGUCUGCCGUUCCAACCUGCCCUGAGAACGGAAUAAAACUUAAUAAUUUAUUGUACGAACGACCGCCAAGUACUCGAAAAACCUAUUUCCUAUCUAAAGCAGAUCAAAGUUUCAAAAGGUGGAGCAGUCUGAAGAGCCGAGCACGUACGCAUAAUGCGGUACGCAAUGAAGGUACAUCGUUAGCGCCAAGCAUAACUAGUCUUUCGAUAUACUCAUGGCUAUCCAAAGAAAAAAGUGAAACAUAUUUAUUGAUAAAUGCAGCUGGUAUCGGGUUAUUGCUGCUUCGACUAACUCUAGAUAAUAGGAACGUGAUUCUGGAGCAAAGGUUUCCUGUGCAUCAUCGUUCUUUCAAUUCCGUUCCAACAACACUUCGUCUUAUUCACUCAUGUUUUGCACCACUCAUAUCAUUCCGUUCUGGAGCUUGUGCUGCGAGUGGAAGUGAAGAUUGCAAUGUAUACCUAUAUAAUGUGUUGAGAUAUCGUAAUGCAGACCUCGCAACAGGAAACAGUUCCUUUCACAAUAAACAAACGUCCACGGGUGUUGUCACCAUUUUACAGGGACAUACAGCUCCAGUGUUAGAUGUAGCGAUCAGUUGGGACGAGAAUAUGUUGGCGUCAGCAGAUGAGAAAGGUUCAGUAAUUAUAUGGAGAAGACAAGAAAAAUCCGACACAAGUUGAAGAUUGAACUCCUCCCUCAAGAUUAAAUCUAGUUUUAUUUGGGAUGUAAUUACACUUCGAUGUACGUGCUUUUUAAAGCUAACUUUAAUUUCCUGAACUCCUGAUUUUCUCUUUUAGUUCUACACAUGUAAAUAUAUGUAUUGCUACGCAAUGU